AUGAUCUCGCCAUCAUCAUGCAGUCUCGGUGUAGUCGAUCUUCCCUACUUUUCCUCUGUUCACCGUCGAGAAGAAGAGACAAGGAGGAGCGUAGAGAUGGCGAGGGUGAGGCUAAGGGCGGUAAUGGAACGACAGAUCUGGGAGGGACGACGUGGACGAGCUAGGAGGGACGACACCGACGACGAGUUGGGAGGGACGAUAGCGAGCUCGAAUUUUUUCCUUGAUGGUUGCCACGACGUCGUUGGGGACCCUGCACGUCGCUCACGGCAACAAACGAGGAGUGGGUUUCGACGGCUUGUUUCUGCUGGCGGAGGGUUUUUGGGAUGGCAGUGGGUUGCGGCGGCAAUCCUCUGA